AUUUAAGCUUUGAAUACCUCCCAGUUUGUCAAGAAUCAGUCUCUCAUUUUCCAGUGCACACAAGAGAAGCAAAACAAUGGAGUACCUUCUUCCACUUCUUCUUCUAAUCACCAUACUGUGUGUAACCAUUCAUGUACUCAUCUCAACCUUCAAACCGAUGAAAACCUCAAAGUACCCUCCAGGGCCUUACCCUUUUCCCAUCAUAGGAAACAUCUUGGAGCUUCGAAACCUGCCACACCAAAAACUUGCCAAGCUUUCCCAAAUUUAUGGUCCUAUAAUGAGUCUCAAGCUUGGUAGCAUUACCACCAUAGUCAUUUCCUCUCCACAUCUUGCCAGAGAAGUACUGCAAACAAAAGAUCAAAUCUUUUCCAACAGGACAAUCCCAGAUGCUGCUCGAGCUCUUGAUCAUCACUCAAUUUCAAUUGCAUGGCUUCCACCUUCAGAAAAAUGGAGGAUCCUGAGGAGGGCUUGUGUUGCCAAAGUGUUCUCUUCUAAGCAGCUUGAUUCUACAGAAGCUAUUCGCCAAAGUAAGGUGAAAGAGUUGAUGAAUUAUGUCAAGGAAAAAUGUGAGAAAGGUGAAGCCUUGGAUAUUGGUGAGGUUUCCUUCACAACUGUGCUUAAUUCCAUAUCUAACACUUUCUUCUCAAUGGAUUUUGCUCAUUACGAUUCUGACAAGUCUCAAGAGUUCAAGGACAUCAUUUGGGGCAUCAUGGAAGAAGCUGGAAGGCCUAAUGUUGUUGACUUUUUUCCAAUCUUUCGCAUGCUUGAUCCACAGGGUGCUCGGAGAAGAAUGAAUGGUUACCUUGAAAAGUUAAUUGCGUUUUUUGAUGGACUCAUAGAAGAAAGAUUGCGUUUAAGGGCAUUAGAAAAUGAAGACAAGGCAUGCAAGGACGUGUUGGAUUCUGUGUUGGAACUCAUGCUUGAAGACAACUCAAAACUGACUCGUUCCCAUGUUCUGCACCUGUUUGUAGAUUUAUUUGCGGCUGGGAUAGACACAACGUCAAGCUCAAUAGAAUGGGCGAUGGCUGAGUUGCUCCAUAAUCCAGAAAAACUAGAGAAAGUUAGAAAAGAGAUUCAAACUCUUGGCAAAGGUGAACAACUAAAAGAAUCAGAUAUCUUAAAGCUUCCUUACUUGCAAGCAAUGGUUAAGGAAACCUUUCGUCUACAUCCAACCGCCCCAAUGUUAGUGCCACACAAGCCAGAAGUUGAUGUUGAAAUAGGUAGCUUCAUGGUGCCUAGAAGUGCACAAAUUCUUAUCAAUGCAUGGGCCAUGGGAAGGGAUUCAAGGAUUUGGACAAACCCAAAUGAAUUUAGACCCGAAAGAUUCUUUGAAAGUAACAUUGAUUUUAAAGGGAAGGAUUUUGAGCUGAUACCUUUUGGAGCUGGAAGAAGGAUCUGUCCUGGGUUACCAUUGGCUUUUAGAACUAUUCACAUUGUGUUGGCCUCUCUUCUAUGCAAUUAUGAUUGGAAGCUCAAGGAUGGAGAAAAAUAUGAGAAAAUGGAUAUGCAAGAGAAAUCUGGGUUGAUCUCGCACAAGGCUCAACCUCUCUUGAUCAUUCCCAUCCAAGCAUAAGAUCAAGAACAUUAUAUAAUAAGUAUUAUUAUAAACUGAAUUUGUUCCAAUCUAUUCUUCAGUUAUCUUUGAGUGUUACUUCCCUAUCUUUUCUUUCUUUCGUCUAUUCUCUCUUCUCUUAUAUGAUAAUCUAAGUUGUUAUGAUUGCCUUCAC